AUGGCACCAAAAACGCUCUACGAAAAGAUCUUCGAUUCGCACCUCGUCCACGAGGAGGCUGACGGUACCUGCCUCAUCUACAUCGACCGUCACCUCGUCCACGAGGUCACCUCGCCACAGGCGUUCGAGGGACUUCGCAAUGCCAACCGCAAAGUUCGCAGGACCGACUGCACCCUCGCCACCGUCGAUCACAACAUCCCCACAGCCUCGCGAAAAGCCUACCGCGACACCAAGUCGUUUGUCGAGCAGGCCGAUUCCAGAACCCAAUGUCUGACGCUCGAGGAAAACGUCAAGGCGUUCGGUCUCACCUUCUUUGGUCUUUCGGACAACCGUCAAGGCAUCGUGCACAUCAUCGGUCCCGAGCAAGGCUUCACCCUUCCUGGCGCCACCAUCGUUUGCGGUGACUCGCACACUUCCACACACGGUGCCUUUGGUGCUCUCGCAUUCGGUAUCGGCACUUCCGAGGUCGAGCACGUGCUUGCCACUCAGACGCUCCUCCAGAAGCGUGCCAAGAACAUGCUCAUCCAGGUCGACGGCGAGCUUUCCGAGGGUGUCACUUCGAAAGAUAUCAUCCUCCACAUCAUCGGUCUCAUCGGUACCGCAGGUGGUACUGGCCACGUCAUCGAGUACGCCGGAUCCACCAUCCGAUCGCUCUCCAUGGAGGCUCGCAUGUCGAUCUGCAACAUGUCGAUCGAGGCCGGUGCACGUGCCGGUCUCAUCGCUCCCGACGAGAUCACCUACGAAUACAUCAAGGGCCGCCCUCUCGCACCCAAGCAGGGUGAAGCCUGGGACCAGGCCGUCUCCUACUGGAAGUCCCUUCCUAGCGACGAAGGUGCCAAGUACGACACCGUUAUCAAGAUUGCCGCCAAGGACAUCCCUCCCACCGUCACCUGGGGUACCUCUCCUCAGGACGUCGUCGCCAUCACCGGCACCGUCCCCGACCCCAAGAAGGCGUCCAACGAUGCCGAAGCCAAAGCUUGGACCCGCGCCCUCGAGUACAUGGGCCUUGAAGCAGGCACGCCCAUGGAAAAGAUCAAGAUCGACAAAGUCUUCAUCGGAUCCUGCACCAACGCCCGUAUCGAGGACCUCCGCGCAGCCGCCCGCGUCCUGCACGGACGCAAAGUUGCCGAGGGUCUCUACUGCAUGCUCGUCCCCGGUUCCGGCCUGGUCAAGAAGCAAGCCGAAGCCGAGGGUCUCGACAAGAUCUUCCAGGCGGCUGGAUUCGAUUGGCGCGAGGCCGGUUGUUCCAUGUGUCUGGGUAUGAACCCGGAUCAGCUGGCACCUGGCGAGAGAUGCGCUUCCACCUCGAACCGCAACUUUGAAGGCAGGCAGGGCGCCGGUGGACGAACCCACCUCAUGUCGCCCGCCAUGGCAGCCGCUUGUGCUGUCACCGGAUACCUCACCGAUGUCAGGAAGGUCGUCGGCGAUUCGUCGGCCAAGGUCGGAAACGAAGCUGGAAAACCCGCGUUCGAGAUCCAGGUGUCCGAUGCCAAGUCCUACCUGAUCGACGCCACCCCCGCACCCGCUCCCACCAACAUCCCAGCAGCCUCCACCGAUGAGGACGCCAUCCGCGAUGUCCCGCCCUCCCAGAUCUCCACCGCUGGAGCUGGCAUGGAAAAGUUCACCAAACUCACCGGAAUCGCCGCCCCGCUCGAACGAUCUAACGUCGACACCGACCUCAUCAUCCCCAAGCAGUUCCUCAAGACCAUCAAACGCACUGGUCUCGGGUCCGCGCUCUUCUGGCCCAUCCGCUACGACGCCAAGACGGGCGAGCCCGAUCCGUCCUUCGUGCUCAACCAGUCGCCAUACGAUCAGUCCAAGAUCCUGGUGGUCACCGGUCCCAACUUUGGCUGCGGAAGUUCGCGCGAGCACGCCGCCUGGUCGCUGCUCGACUUUGGCAUCCGCGCCGUGAUCGCAGAGAGCUUCGGUGAUAUCUUCCGCAACAACCUGACCAAGAACGGCCAGCUUCCGGUCACGCUCACCAAACCCCAGAUCGAGAGGCUCACCGUGGACGCCAAGGCCGGCAAGGAGAUCACGGUGGAUCUCGAGAACCAGGUGGUGGUCACCGCCGAUGGUGCCGAGAAGUUCAGCUUCGAAACCCCCGAGUUCACGCGCCACUGCCUGAUCAACGGUCUCGACGAUAUCGCGCUCACGCUGCAGAAGGACGAGGCGAUCGGAAGGUUCGAGGGUAAGAGGAGCACCGAGACGCCUUGGCUGGAUGGAUUUGGGUAUGCGGGCAAGGGUGUCGGAGGCAAGAUCGUCGAUGCUGCCAAGGGGAUGGUCAACAAGGUGGCGGGUACAGAGUGGUGA